GCCAAACGGAUGCCAAAUAAAAUGCGUCAAGAAAAAUGCGACAAUAAGAACACAACCACCCAUCACCUCCCUUAUUCCCUUUCAUCCUUUUCUUCUUCCUCCUCUUUCUGUAUGGCUGCUUCUUCUUCCAUCUUUCCUGAUCCUAAUAUCCUCCUUUCUCCUUAUUAUCCUCCUCCUUCUUCUCCUUAUUACAUUGAUGGUGGAGAUGAUAAUAAUAAUAACCUUCCUUCAACCUCAUUUUCUUCAACGCCAUUUUCCAACUACUACCCCCUUACAAUAUCUUCACCUUAUAAUCUAAUGUCUUCAUCGUCGAAUAAUUUACAGAGUUCAAGCAUCGACGAAACCAUCACAAACAAAAUGGUUAGGAAGAGAACCGCUUCAGAAAUGGAGCGCUCUGAUUCUCCUCCCAAUGAAGUAAUUGAUCAUCGUCUGAUUACUUCAGUCAACGACUCGGAAUUGUUUAUUAGCUCGCCCGAAUCGUUGACGGGUUGUAAAAUAAUUAAUCUGGGUAAUAAUGGAAGUGAUCAGCAACCACUUGUUUGUGGGUUUUCUGGGUUGCCUUUGUUUCCUCCUGUUGUAGAAAGGAAUGCAAUGGGUUCAAAUACUAGAAUUAAUCUGGGUAAUGUCCCCGGUUCAGGUUCGGGUUCUGGCGAGGAUCCAGGUUGGAUAGAUGGUAUUGUAAAGGAUUUGAUCCAGAGUUCAAAUUCUGUGUUGAUUUCUCAGUUAAUUCAAAAUGUUAGAGAGAUUAUUUACCCAUGUAACCCUAAUCUUGGUUCUGUUAUCGAAUUCAGGCUCCGUUCUUUGUCGGAGUCCCCCAUUACUCCACCACAGUUAUCACUCCCACAACCAACGACUUUAUCUCUUCAUAAUCAUCAUAAGCUGCAAAAUGAACUAACCGGGCUUACCCGGAUUAAUACCAAUACCACCGGUAAUUCAAAUCUGCAAACCCGUUUACCUAAUGAGAAUUAUUUGAAUAUGAGUGAAGUGGAUUAUAUACAAUCACUUGGAUCUAUUGAAGGUAGUGCAAAUUUGAAUUGGGGAAGCAUAACCGCCGUUACGCCUCAACCGUCGCUUUCUAGACCUAUACUGACGCAUAUUGACGACAGUUGUGUUGGUGGUAACAACCCCAAUCCCUACCCGAAUCCAAAUCCGAAUCCUUCACAGAUUGAGACAAGUCAAACAGCGGCUGUGGAAAGGAACUUUGAUCAGAAUCAUGAGAUUUUGAAUAUUACAAAUUCUAGGGAUUCUGAUCAUGCGGUGGGGUCUACCGUAGGGACAGGUGAAUCCGUAUUUGUAAACCCACCGGCUCCUCCGUUCCCACUUCCACCACGGCAGAAAAUUAUCCCCGUGUUGAAAGCCCGAGAAAGAGAGGAGCAUCAGCAACGUAAGAGGGAUGAGGAGGGACUUCACCUCCUUACCCUUUUACUCCAGUGCGCCGAAGCUGUUUCGGCUGAAAAAUUCGACCACGCUAACAAAACGCUGGUUGAAAUCACCGAAUGGGCCACCCCGUUCGGAACCUCCGCCCAACGUGUGGCGGCGUACUUCUCAGAAGCGAUGUCAGCUCGCCUGAUUAGCUCUCGCCUCGGGAUUCACACCUUGUUACCUUAUAUCCCAAAUUAUCAAAAACUGGUUUCUGCAUUCCAAGUCUUUAAUGGAAUAAGCCCAUUUGUAAAAUUCUCACAUUUCACAGCCAAUCAAGCAAUUCAAGUAGCUUUUCAAAGAGAGGAAAGAGUUCAUAUUAUUGAUCUUGAUAUCAUGCAAGGUCUACAAUGGCCUGGACUUUUUCAUAUUCUAGCAUCAAGGCCUGGUGGACCUCCAUUUGUUAGGCUUACUGGGCUUGGGACGUCGAUGGAGGAUCUUGAAAAGACUGGGAAACGCUUGUCGGAGUUUGCGGAGAAGUUGGGUUUGCCGUUUGAGUUUAUUCCGGUGGCGGAGAAGAUAGGGAAUUUGGAUUUGGAUAAAUUGCAUGUGAGUAAACGAGAAACUGUUGCUGUUCAUUGGUUGCAACAUUCUUUGUAUGAUGUUACUGGGUCUGAUACCAACACUCUUUGGCUCUUGCAAAGAUUGGCACCAAAGGUUGUAACAAUAGUAGAGCAAGACUUAAGCCGAACAGGCACAUUUCUUGGCAGAUUCGUGGAGGCAAUCCAUUACUACUCUGCCCUCUUCGACUCCUUAGGAGCAAACUACGGGGAAGACAGUGAAGAGAGGCACGUGGUCGAGCAACAACUCCUCGCUAGGGAGAUCAGAAACGUUCUAGCAAUCGGAGGAUCCUUGAGGAGUGGAGAUCCCAAAUUCCCGAGCUGGAGAGAAAAGCUACAGCAGUCGGGUUUCAGAGGUAUUUCCUUAGCAGGUAAUGCAGCAGCUCAGGCGACAUUGCUCCUUGGCAUGUUCCCUUCCGAUGGGUACACUUUGGUGGAAGAUAAUGGUAGUCUCAAGCUCGGAUGGAAAGAUCUUUGCUUGCUUACUGCUUCGGCUUGGAGGCCUUCUAAUGUUCAUACUAUGAGCACUGUCUGUACACGAAGCCAGUAAGUCACAGCACAUUGUGGUACACAACUAAGUAUAUUCAUGAAACGGGUGCGAUUGUUAUCUGAUUGUGUUGAACAAUUUAUGAAUCCGCGGCUUCAAAUGGGGGUUCAACGGAGCCUUAGGAGGAUCUUUCUUGUAUCAUAUUGUUAUGGCUUUUUGUUUUAACCAAUUUGCUAAUUAGAUUUGAUAAACGUUACUUUAAAGAGCUUGUAGGGAGUAUGUAUAUCGAAAAUGAAUAGGGGAUGUUCUGAGCAUGUUUAAUAUAAUCAGCUGCACAGGAUUCUGAAAUUUUGAUGGUGUUAAUUUUAAAUUAUGUAGUUUAUCUUACG